ACCAGGUACGUGGUGGUUACCGAGUAUGUUGCGGGAUAAUAUGGAGAGUGCUGCUGUGCCGGCAUCAUUGCGCCUGGUACAAGAACGCCAUUGAAGACGAGUUCAGGCCAAUCACUAUUUUCAAGCAUUGUGUGAUUUGUGGCAACGUCGAAGGUGUGGCUGGUGUUUCUGUGCAUUGUUUUCCAGUCUAUUCCAUUGAAUCGUCAAUGGGUGAUGUUCGCCGAGAACAAUGGUGUCAAUACUCAACAGAUACUGGCUCACUCAAAACUCUGUUCAUGGCAUUCUGUUUUUGGACGUGAUUAAGGAGCAACCGUAUAUCAUCGUUGACUAUCUGCUAGAGCAGCGCCGUCUGUAAUGAGUAAUUACCAACAUAAAUCCUCAGGCUGUACCUUCCGCAUGAGAUUCACUUAUUUGUAAACACAGGUACAUAAAGUUUUCCCGAGAAUGUACAGAUGGUGGGACGGGAGAAUGUGGAAGUCAUUAACAUUCAGGUGAACGAAAAGGAAGGCAUGGAAGUGGUCUCCCCGCUGAUGCAUACCAAGGGUUCAUGGACCAAGAGAACCAAAAACUUCUACAUCUAUACUACAACUGUAUUCUGCACCAUACCCUGUUGCCAUGUAUGCGGUGAAUCUAGAAAUAAUAAAAGUAAAGUAGAAAACAUAACAUUUCAUAGAUGUCCUGUCAAUGUGCCACUAAUAAAGAAAAUUGGGAAUCAGUUUGUUUUAAAAAAUUCUUUAAGUCUGAACAAUAUUACCAAACAUAGCGUUCAUUAUUCAGCUCAUUUUCACCCAUCUUCAUUUCUAGAUAACAACAAAAUUAUUAAGUUGUUGAAGAAAAAUGCUAUACCACCCUUGAUAGUUUCUAGAGUGAAAUCUGCUCAGAAUGAUUAUUCAAAGAUGACAGUACCUAUUCCAGGAAUAUCAAAUUCAGCUGUCCAGCAAGGAAGUGGUACAAGUUAUAAAGUCCAAAAGAAAUUAGUAAAGGUUUCAUGUGUUAACUAUGGAUUCAAAUAUUCAAUGGGAGCAAGCUACCUUUUUGAGUAAUUUGAGAUCAAAGACGAUUUUUAAUGCAAUUUAUGUUAUUUUGUGAUUUGUUCAUUACUUAAAUAAAGAAGCUAUACUUUAUAUAAGAA